GCCAAUCAGCUGUUUCCACAACCACAGACCCAUGGCGUGACGCGGACAAGCCAACCCGGCAUAGGAGCGCCUCGUUUGAAAAAUCCCUAAUGAUGGGAGACUACACAUUUAUUUGCAGGUGUCUAUGUCUGCAAAUAGUUCUUUUAUUUACCUUGUUGACCAUUGUGGAAGUUGAGACCGAGUCGAACUUGCUGGAUGACGACGGAGGCUGGACAACUGAAGACAAGGAUAGGAUUGCUCAACCCGGGCCCUGCAACAUAAACGUGGAGGAUGGAUCCCUGAGUCAGGAAGACUUUAUAAAGAAAUAUGCAUACUCCGAGCCAGUAGUCAUCAAGGGAGCAACAGAUAAUCAGGUGUUUCAGACUCUCACUCGCCGUUCAGCAUUAUUGGAGGGUUAUGGGCAUACAACUGUACGUUUGAGCUCAGCCAAUAGCUAUAGCUAUGAUAAAAGAGAUGUUACAUUCAAUGAAUACUGCGUUCGCCAUGUCCAUCCUCAAAAAUUAACUACUCUUGGGAAUGAGACUUUUUACUUCUUUGGUGACAACAAUCACGAGGAGUGGCAAGACCUUUUGGAGCAGUAUAUACAACCUCCGUAUAGAUUACCGUUUCAUUUGCCAGCAUUGAGUUUUGGUCUUGCAGGUCCAGGGACUGGUGUUCCCUUUCAUUUCCAUGGGCCAGGAUUUGCAGAGACUAUGUGGGGACGAAAAAGAUGGUUCAUGUACCCUCCUAAUGUGAACCCAAACUUCCAUCCUAAUCGCACAACAUUGCAGUGGUUGAUGGAAGACUAUCCGCUAAGAAAAGAUGAUUCUAAUUUUUAUGAAUGUACACUUAACCCUGGAGAGAUUAUUUAUUUUCCUGACAAGUGGUGGCAUGCAACUCUCAACAUUGACAGCAGCGUUUUUAUAUCAACUUUCCUCAGUCCAUAAUCUUUGUAUUGAAAAGAAAUAUAUGGUAAUGGUUUAAUUGGUUUAAACCCCAUAGCAUUUUAAAUGCAGACUCUCCCAAGAUGCAUUAAUGUCUACUUCCAUAAAUUGAAGACCACACAUUCCAUAGAAAGGACAGUUAAAUUUGCCAACUUGAUGUGUCCUCAUUGCCAUUUCUUUAUUCAUUUAAAAAAAAGUCUAUAGAUUUGGGCUCAUGUUCAGUAUAUUACAAAAUUUCUUGUAAUUUCUUAGUAGAUCGUUUGUGAAGACAAUGAUUUUUUUUGUAUUUAUGAUCUGGCUUACUUUGACCUUUUUGUAUCAUUCAAGGGUAUUAUGACUUUGAACUGAUAUUUCAUUUUUCUUAUAAUCAUGGUAAUACAAAUCUAAUGUAAGUCAGGUUGAAUCUUUUAUUGAAAGUGCAUACAUGUAAACUAUAUGGAAAUGCUCUUUCUAUAUUCAAUGUAGGAUAAUGCUGAGUUAUUUAUUCUAACUUAUCACGGGUUUUAUCAUGACUGACAGUUCAUAACUAUAAUAGAACUGGCUCUGGAAAACAUAAGAUUGUGUAAUUUCAGGAAUAAUGGAUAAAGUAUCAGGAGAUAGAUAGAAGAACAUUUGUUUAGAUAAACAUAUACUGUAUGUAAUUGUGUAUGGGUACCUGAUAAAUUGUCAAGUAUUCAAUUGCAGUUUCAAAGAUAAAUCUAAUACUAAACGAAAGGUUGCAUACUAUUUAUAAGUAAAUUGUAAAUUUGCAUAAAGUAGACAGGUUAAAAAGUUGUCUGCAUAUAUUCUGGCUGUGAGAUUAAACUAGGUUUAAAGAUUGAAAUACUUUUUUUUUUUUUUAAAGAUUAUUUGCUGUUUCUGUGGUGAUGGUGAACCUUUAUAGUACAGUUGAAUUACUGAAAUGAUCUUAAAUAUUUAGUCAAGUCACAAUGCUUUUAUAAAGACAAGUAGUUUUGUAAACAUUUUUUUUUUUUUUUUUUUUUUUUUUUUUUGGUGUUGGGGACAAACCUAGUGGGACCAAUAUUGCUAUUUAAAUUCUAUUUUUUCUUAUUCUCUUUGUUAUAUUUCACCUAAUAGGAAUUGUAAUUUCUAAGAAAACUUUUAUUUAAAUAAGUACCAAUGAAAUGUUCCACAAGCGUUGGUUUAUUUUAUUGAUCAUUGUUUUGCAGUGAAUAGUAUAAUUCCAUUUUUUUUCUAGUCAGAUAUGUUCCAUAUUUUUAAUUAACAUUACUGUAUGGUUAUUGGUUCCUAAAUAAAUAUUUUGAACAUU